UGUAAUUUGCUGAGAAGGGUCUGUUUUGCCCAAUUUUGACUUCAAUCAAAGUUUUUUUUUUUUUUUUUUGGGAUGAGAGUUUCCCCCUUGUUGUGAUCAGUCCCUUUUUCCCUUCGGAAGAACAACAAAAUCCUCAAAGAAAAAGCUGAACUGUCAAUUUUCUUCGAUUCAUUUGCAGAAUUCCCCCCAAAUCGUACUGGCAAAAUUUUAGCUCUAUUGGAUCGUUUCCCAAUGGCAAAGCCUUAAUGCACCAAAUGACUCCAUUUUCCAAUCCCACCAUGAACAAAAGCCAAAUUCACAGGACUCGGCCAUGGCCCGGCUUUCCCACAUCAAAAGCCUUAGGAAGCUUCGGUGAUGCCAAUUGCAUGGAGCAACUACUCGUCCACUGCGCCAACGCAAUCGAAAGCAACGACGCCACUCUAGCCCAACAAAUCCUAUGGGUCUUGAACAAUAUUGCACCCCCCGACGGCGACUCCAAUCAACGCCUUGCUUGCGGCUUCCUCCGCGCCCUUAUUGCACGCGCCGCCAAAAGCGGUAGCUGUAAACUUCAGCUCGCCGCCAUGGCGAACGCCAACACCAAUCUCACCAUAGACACCCACAGAUUCUCAGUCAUCGAGCUCGCUAGCUUUGUCGACUUAACCCCUUGGCACCGCUUCGGCUUCUCCGCAGCCAACGCCGCAAUUUUAGAAGCCGUUGAAGGGUAUUCCGUCAUUCACAUCGUCGAUUUAAGCUUGACACAUUGCAUGCAGAUUCCUACCCUGAUUGAUGCCAUUGCUAGCCGCCACGAGGUCCCUCCUCUCCUCAAGCUCACCGUAGCUGCUGCCGUAGACGAUAUCCCCCCAAUGCUUGAUCUUUCUUACGAGGAAUUGGGCUCGAAGCUCGUCAAUUUCGCCAGGUCUAAGAACGUUAUGAUGGAGUUUCGAGUGAGCCCUUCAAGUUAUAAAGAUGGGUUCGCCACCUUAAUCGAACAACUUCGUAUGCAACAUUUAGUGUACGCCGGCGAAAGCGGCGAGGCGCUGGUUGUUAACUGCCACAUGAUGCUUCAUUACAUCCCGGAAGAAUCGUUCGAAAGUUGUUAUGCCUUCGAAAGCUCCUCUCUCCGAACGAUGUUUCUAAAAUCGCUUCGGAGCUUGGACCCCACCAUCGUGGUUCUAGUAGACGAAGAUGCAGAUUUGACAUCGAAUAAUAUGGUGUGUAGGUUAAGGUCGGCGUUUAACUAUCUGUGGAUUCCGUACGACACGAUGGACACGUUUCUUCCGCAUGGGAGUAAGCAGAGGCAAUGGUACGAGGCGGAUAUUUGCUGGAAGAUUGAGAAUGUGAUUGCUCAUGAGGGGCUUCAGAGGGUUGAGCGGCUUGAGCCACGGAGCCGGUGGGUGCAACGAAUGAGGAACGCCAACUUUCGCGGCUUGCCUUUUGCGGAGGAUGCGGUGUCGGAGGUGAAGACCAUGCUGGAUGAGCAUGCGGCUGGGUGGGGGUUGAAGAAGGAAGAAGAAGAUCUUGUGCUUACAUGGAAAGGACACAAUGUUGUGUUUGCCACCGCUUGGCUGCCAGCUGCUUGAUGAAGGAAUAUUUUUAUUCUUUCACCUUAAUUAAUUUUUAGUCUAUCUUCUUCUAUUUUAGAGAGUAGAUGAGAGCUUAUUGUGAUGAAGGUUUUUGUAUUCACGUUGCCAAGAAUUUGAUACAAUUUUCUUCGAUCUGGCUCUUUUAACCUAAUUAAGA